CCGCGGCCUUUCCCCAGCCUCACCAUGACCCCGUGAUACCAGAGGUUGAACUCCGGGUCAUCGGCCACAGCUCCCACCAGUGGGCAUCAUGGCUAAGAGUGCAGAGGUCAAGCUGGCCGUAUUCGGGAGAGCUGGUGUGGGCAAGUCAGAAUCCACCUACCAACACCAGGCGACCAUCGAUGAUGAAACCAUUUCUAUGGAAAUCCUGGACACGGCCGGGCAGGAGGACGGGGCGCAGCGCGAGGGCCACAUGCGGUGGGGCGAGGGCUUCGUGCUGGUCUACGACAUCACCGACCGCGGCAGCUUCGAGGACGUGCUGCCCCUGAAGAACGUUCUGGACGAGAUCAAGAAGCCCAAGCCGGCCACGGUGGUGCUGGUGGGCAACAAGGCGGACCUGGCGCACUCGCGGCAGGUGAGCGCGGAGGAGGGCCGGCGGCUGGCCGCGCAGCUGGCCUGCGGCUUCUACGAGUGCUCGGCCUGCACCGGCCAGGGCCGCAUCGCCGAGCUCUUCCUGGAGCUGGGCCGCGAGGUGCGGCGCCGGCGGCUGGUGCAGGGCAAGGCGCGGAGACGCAGCUCCACCACGCAGGUCAAGCAGGCCCUCAACAAGAUGCUCACCAAGAUCAGCAGCUAGGCCGCGGCCGGGGCGGCGGGAGGGGGAGGAGGAGGAGGAGGAGGACCAGGAG